AUGUAUACGGUUACUCGUGUUUUCAUCAACAAGGAUAUUGAUGAGAUUAACCAGUUUAAGAAAAGUUUCAUUGCACAACUGUCAUCCGAGAAAUCGUCCGAGUACUCUGGUCUGAGUUCAACUGUAAUGAAAUCUCCUACCGACGAGUUUCUAACGGAUAUUAACUUCAGUACUAUAGGAGCCCUUACCGAAAUAACUGAGAAAAAAAUUGUUGUCGUUCUGGGCACCAUAAAGAGUUUUGCUUCGGAAAGUGAAUGGUUUUAUAAUGCAUGUAAGAAUUGCAAUUGCAAGGUCUCCACCAAGACGGUUGAAAAAGAUAAAGCUGAUGGAACUGAUGGUGUUGAGGAGGUUGUUAUCCUCGAGUGCAAGAAUGCGCCAUGUAACAAGAAGACCGUCUAUUCCGUUCCCAGGAUAAAGGUUCUAAUCCGUGUUCAAGAUUGUACGGGCAUUGUAACUCUUACCAUGUUUGAGCGUGAGGUCGUAAAGCUUCUCAAUGUUAACGCCAAUCAAUUGCUAGACAAGAACUUGGAGUUGGCUAAUGAAGGAAGAUUCCCAGAGGAACUUAAAGCUUUACUCGGAAAGAAGUUGGCCUUCAAGAUCGCUAUAAGUUUGUAUAACAUCCAAAAGAAGUCUGAUGGAUACUCUGUUUCCAAAUUAACAGAUAAUCCAACCGUGAUCUCGGAGCUGGAUAGGAAUUUUGAUGUAUUCCAGCCUGCUGAUGAAGACCGUGAAUAUGGUGGUUUGCCUGUUAUAGAGCCAACAAACAAUGAUAUCGCCAAGGAUUCUGUUUCCCGUACUGGCGAUGAUGUAACUCCAAUAUCUAAUUUGUCCAGAAGCUUUUUUACAACAUACAUGUUGGAUGGGGACAAUACCAGUAAUAUGCGCAUGGAAAAGGAGUUAAAGCGGAAUUUGGAUAGCGUUUAUGAGUAUGAUGGGAUCUCUUCGCAAUCUUCUUCCAAACCAAAAAAAUGCGGCGUUGAGGUAGAUGACGGUGUUGAUCUUGAUGUGACCGUUCGUCGUGUGGAUCCGGGUGUUGAAGAGUAGUUACUGAUAACAAACAUAUAAUGAGCAUCUCAUUUGGUUUAACUUUUAAUGUUUUGGUUUUAUCAUUCUCAUUA